AUGUCACUGGAACCAGGCCGCUACUUUAUUCAGAGCUUAAAAAACUCAAGUUACUUUGCCGGAACGGGUCCUGUUCCUCCCGUGUGGCCGCCGUACCCUGAACCUCUAAGGCUUGUGGAAGGGUUUAUCAAGGAUAUAUUCGAAGUCAAAUCUGAUGGAGAUAACAAGUACACAAUGAGGGUGCGCAGCCUCUGGGUUGGUUAUGACGGAGAUGCUAACGUGAAACUUGUUGGACAAGGCGGAAAUCCUGUGACAUGGUCCGUGGGAAGCACGAAUGGCGAAGGACAGUUCCGCAUUAAAGUUCCCAAUUCUAACAAGGCUUGGACAGUUUCUAGCGAAGGCUAUUACACUCCGAUUCAACUCGAGGAAGAGAACGGCACCGCUCUUCAAGAGUGGAAGAUCUAUCCUAUAGAAUAA